AUGUCCACAACCAGCGAUGGCAGUCCCGGUAACUGGAUCACCGGCAGUUACACCGGGAACAGCAUCGGGGUGCGCAUCACCAUCGCGACCUUCAUCGCCCUUGCGUGCUACAAUGUACUCGAGCUGAUCGUGCUCAUUUUCAUGACCUUCAAACGCUACCGAGGACCCUACUUCUGGAGUAUGCUGAUCGCGUCGGUCGGCAUUCUACCUUACGCGAUCGGCUAUUUACUCAAAUUUUUCGAUCUUACUUCGGCCACUUGGCUCCCGAUUACUUUGCUCACUGUGGGCUGGUGGACUAUGGUUACCGGCCAGUCGUUCGUGUUAUACUCCCGCCUCCAUUUAGUGCUCGAGAACCCGCGCGUUCUGCGUUUGGUCAAGGGCAUGAUUAUUAUGAAUAUCUUCCUCUUGCACGUCCCGACCACGGUGCUCACUUACGCUGCCAAUUUCGUCGGGUCCUACGCGACGAUCGAGGGAUACAAUGUCAUGGAGAAACUCCAGCUUACUGGAUUCUGUAUUCAGGAAGUUAUCAUCUCCAGUCUGUAUAUGUGGGAGACGAAUCGCAUUCUGCAGAUGAGUGAGGACCAGAGUAUUCGGAAGACUAUUUUACAGCUGCUCGCUGUCAACGUCGCUUGUAUCUUGAUGGAUAUCGCGCUCAUGAUCAUCGAGUUCAUGAACUUCUAUAUCUACCAGACGACCCUCAAGGCUACGUUGUAUAGCAUCAAGCUCAAGCUGGAAAUCGCUGUCUUGGGUAAACUGGUCAAGGUUGCUCAUCAACAUCUCUGGCGAACUAAUACUGAGCGUGGCCGAUACCCCUCUUUCGUUGACCCUACCCGCAUCGAUUCGGAUAUCAAUCACCCUGCGUCAUCUCUUGAUACGAGCAAUGGCUCCAAGGCUCGUGCUACUCCUUUUGAGGAUAUCGAAUAUGUUGUGAGAUGA